CACAGCAACGCCGUCGUCAUCUAAUUUGCGCUUUGCUUCGUCGUUUCAGCGAGCGAUUCCUUUGUCUACCAAAAGUCAGCCGUGCUUUUAUUCGGGACGACCCUUCUCAAUCUCGUCUCUAGUCCUUCGCAUCAUUCCUGCACCGCACUGUUCCAGCCUUGAAGCCUUGUACUACCAACCUCACGACUGCUUACGACAUACGAAACGAUACGAAUCCGGUCUUGUUGCAAUUGAAGAAUCUAGCACAUCGCCAGCUCCUUCAGACCCAGACAGCUCAUUCACAUAACCACAAUGAGGUUUUCCACCCUCGCCAGCACGCUGCUCGCGUGCCUCGCCUCCACCGCGAGUGCCAGACCAGCCCGGCCGUGCUACGAACAGCGCAACCUGAACACGAUAUCCAAGAUCUACAACCUGACAGUGUACCCCAACAUGCUUCCCGUCAUCUCGACUGGCGGACCAGGCGUGCCGAAGGGGCUCUUCAACGCCAACGUGACAGGCCGCAUCGACCCCGUGGGCAAGUUCGAAGGCUUCCAGGACUCGAUUGAAUACUUCUUUGCGCUCGCGCCGAUUCCAGGGCCUGCGACAUCGAAUGUCGCCAUCACGAGCUACCAGAUCACGGAGUUUUCCUCGGGUUGCGCAGACGUCGCCAGCUCUGUGGUGUACCUGUACUGCAGCGUGUACAACCCCGGCCAGCCGAACCACGGCACCCCCGUCGCACCCCUGAAGCAGAUUGCGUUCUGGAAGUUUGACCAGAACGGGGCCGUGGAGAAGUACGACGCCUUCAUCCCCAACCUGAACAGCUGGGUGCAGGCCACUACCGGCCUGGCGCUGUCGAACCCGCAGGUCCAGGGCGGCAGCAUCCAGCAGCUCUGCGCGACGACCCAGGAGCGCUGCACGGGCGUCAACCAGCAGUGGGCCUCGUUUGACGAGUGCGUCGCCACGCUGUCCAAGAGGCCCUACGGCACCUACGACGAGGCCUGGGGCGACAACGUGGUCUGCCGCAGCAUCCACAUCUUUCUCACGGGUGUGCGGCCUGAUCACCACUGCCCUCACGUCGGCCCCACUGGAGGCGGCAAAUGCGUCAAUGUCCCCUACGGCCAGGACUACUUCACUGACGAAGACCUCUACGGCGACCCUGUCGGCGAGACAUUCAAGUGCAAGGCCAAGAAAUGAGCCAGCAUGCUGCAUUGAACCACAGCACAAUGCCGACGCAAAUCAAAUCAGCCGCCGCCCUUUUAAACACGGAAUGUCGUCAUCCGCGACACCACGACUCAAGUGAAGGGCGGCAAAGUAAACAACCAAAAAAAAGAAAAGUCACGAAUCUCCCUUGUCCAUUCAAACACGAAACGACACGAUAUGACACACCACGACCUUGACGACCACGAUGUUAUGAUUUUGCAGGACACAUAUUGGUUUUUUGUUUUUGCGCGGGAGAAGAAGAAAGGGAGGGCAAAGGAUUCAGAUACCUCGGGUGGAAUGACGACACAUG